AUGGUGACGAUGUGUACCUACAAUGCACGUACACUUGCAUCCGAGUUGCAUGAGCAAGUUUUAUACCGAGUCGGCGGCGUCGACGUCAACACGAGUUUGUCCAUUAACAACGAUUCAUUCGAACAACCUACAACCCGAAUCGGACGUUUACGGUCGAAACGAUGUGGAUCAAUACCGGCUUUGACAAUCUUCGUCGUUUACGCGCCGACAUCAAACUAUGACGAAGAAGAAGUCGAAGCGUUCUAUAUGGAGCUGGAGAAGUUCCACAGAGAAGGCCACACAUUCUUCAAGGUGGAGAUUUCAACGCCAAGAUUGAGCCAAGAACAACGUCUAAAGAACGUGACAUUGGGAGCCACGGAUUAG